AUGGAAAUAAACUUUUGGAAAUUUUAUAGAAACAAAUAUUUGAAUAAAAUUAUAUAUUCAAAUUUUGAAUUUUCAAAUAUUUAUUCAUAUGAUAGAUUAUAUAAUGUUUCAGAAAUUUUAUCUAAAUAUACAAAUGGUAUUGAAAUUUUAAAAGAUAAAGUCAAAAAUAAUCAAUAUUUAUUUUUUGAAAUUAAAAUUACAGGUAUUAUUAGAGAAACAUUCCCAAAUUUGAUCUUAGAGCUAAUUAAAAAGGAUGAACUAUUUUAUAAUCAAUUAUUUGGUAAUAAUGAAUAUUAUUCAAAAAACUUUAAUCUUAAUGAAUUAUUUAUUAAAAUUAUUCAAUCAUCAAAUUUAGUAGCAUUAAAAUCAUUUAUCAAAUUAAUAUAUAAAAAAAACAAAAAUAAAAUUAAUAAAUUUAAUGAUAAUUUUAAAGUUUUUAAUUAUAAAAGUUUAAAAAUGUUGAAAUAUAUAAUAACGAUUGGUGGUGAUAAACUAUUAAAGAAUUUAGAAUAUGGUGAUAUAGAAUUGUUUAAUAACUCUUUUAAAUUAAAACAUUUAAUUGAAAUUUUAAAAUUUUCUUCACAAACAAUGUCAAGCAAUAAUCAAAUAAACAAAGAAAUAUUAGAAUCUAAUUUAUUUACAAAUCAAUUAAAAAAAUUGUCAAUUAAUGAAAUUUUAGAAGAAUAUUCAUCAAUUUUAAAUAAUAACCAACAACCAGAAAUUAAAUUUAAAAUAUUAGAACUAAUUAAUUUAUUUUAUUUAAUAAUUAAUAAAAAUGAAAAUGAAAAACCAUUAAAUUAUUAUAUUUUAUUUAAAAAUGAAAAUGAAAUUGAAAAUAAAAUUUAUCAAGAUUAUCAACAACAAGAACCGCAACAAAGACAGAUUGAACUAAAUCCAAAUUCAAAUGAAACUACAAGUAAAAGACAAGAGAUUGAAUAUUUAAUUAAUUCAUUUAUUUUAUCAAGUAAUAAUAUUGAAUUGUUAGAUAAAGUUAUUAAAGAAAACAAUUCAAUAAAUUUUUAUGAAAAAUAUAAAUCAAUUACAUUUUCAAGAAUACUAUCAAUUGAAAUUUUAAAUUAUUUUUUUGAAAAUUAUCAAGAUUUAUUUUUUAAUGAUUUAAAUUUGAAUUGGGUUAAUAUUGAAUCAAUUAAAGUAUUUAAACAUUAUAAAUUAUUAAUGAAAAGUUUAAAUAGAAAUUUAUCAAUUAUCAUUAAUGAUAGUAAUCAUCAAAUUGAAUUAAUACCAAAUCAAUUUAAAACAGUUUCAACAAAUUUUAAAAAACCAGGUGAAUUAUUUUUAGAUUUAUUAUUAAAUUAUAAUAAUAAUCAUCUUAAAGAAAUACCUAAUUUGGAUUUAUUUAAGGAAUUAAUAUAUAAUUCAUUAAAUUAUUAUAAUAAGCAAGAUUCAUUUAUUGAAAUUUUAAAAACAUUUAAAAUUAAAUCAUCUUCUUUUGAUUUUUCAUUAAUUGAAAAUGAAAAUCAUAAUAAUUAUAAAAUUAUUAAAUGGUUAUUUUCAAAAACACCAACAACAUUUAAUGAAUUUAAAAAUUCAAAAAAGGAAAUUAUAAUUAACCAAAAUUUAAAAAUUAAUUCAAUUAAUAAUGAACAAUUAUUUAUUUCAUUAUUUAAAAUUGGUUAUUAUAAAAAAAUAUUUCAAUUAUUAGAUAAUAAUCAAAUUUCAAGAAUGAAUAUAAUUAAUUUUCAUUUUCCUGGUAAUUCAAUAGAUACAAAAUAUUAUAUUAAAUAUAUUACAGUUGAAUAUAUUGAUUAUUUAUUUAAUUUUAUUUUUAAUAAAAAAAUUGAAAUUAUGCAGCUUGGUUGUCAUUCUAAAAAAUUUAAUUGGGAAACCUUUAUAAAUGAAAUAAUGAGAAAUGGUGAUUUAUUAAUUUUUAAACAUUUAAUUAAAAAUUAUGGUGGUUCAUUUAUUAUUAAUUCUCAAUUAUUUAAUUUGGAAUUUAAAGAAUUUUAUAAAAAUAAAUAA